UGAACACCACUCAAGAUUUCUGCUGCAAAGUGUGAGGAAGUAAGUUAUUCUCGUCUAGCUGUUUCGCUGUGUCUCGAAUGCCUCAGUCAUUUGUUUCGGCUUCUGAACAUGAACACCACUCAAGAUUUCUGCUGCUCCAUUUUUGGAAUUCUCUUCUUUUUACUUGUGCAGGGAUUGUGUGCUGAAUCAGAAGUGCAUAAAGCAGUUGGGAGCUCCCUGGAUCUAAUUCCAGAUCAAUCAAAAACAGAACUUACUUAUGUUAGAUUUAAAAUCAAUGACACAGUCUUUGCUGACUAUACUAAAAAUGAGCUGAAGCUGCUGGGAGAUAACUUAUUUGCCCAAAGGUUAAAGAUAAAUGAUAUAAGCAUUACAGUUAUUAAUCUACAGCUUCAGGACUCAGGACUGUUUUCAAUUACUCAAGAAGGACACACCAUGCAAUAUGAAACAAAAUUCAUUCAGCUGCAUGUACAUGAUAUCAUCAAAAGUGUAACAAUUCAGCACAAUGAAACCUGGUUGCAGUCAAAAAACAUAUGCACAUUUCAUCUUCAGUGUCUGGUGUUUGAUAAUGUAAAUACAUUUUACCACUGGAGUGGCUAUCUGAAUAGUUAUGGAUCACACUUAAAUAUCAGUCUAACUCCAGAAGUGAGUGCCACAUUAAACUGCACAGCCAGCAACAUAGUCAGUGUUAAUUAUACUACUAAGACUGUUAAGUGCUCCGAGACACUUGGACCAGGUAUGUCAUUUGGGUUUUUUCCAAAUUACCUGCUGCUCGUUUUAAUAGUUGGUGGAACUGUGUGUAUUUCCGUGGCCAUCAUAGGAGUGUGCAGGACUGGAAAAGGAAAUGUGGAGAGUGAGGCUGAAAUUACAGUGUAUGAAGAUAUAAACGCUGAGCCCGUUGCAAAGAUAUGGUCAGACAGUUCUAUAAUUGGAAUUUGUAUUUAUGAAGUAGUGGAGGACGUGAGUCUCACAUCAAAUCUGCCUCAGACUGUUUAUGACUAAAUCAGCUAUCAACGUCAACAAGUGGUCACACUCAGCACUUCCUCCAAAAACGUUCUGUCAGUGUGACACAGACUAUUUUUUACUUUAAAUUCCAGUCUAUGGAUCAGUUUCAUUACUAUUAACCAUCUUAAUAUACUGUAUGCAUUUAUUGACAGAAUCUGAUGGCCUGAAACUUUAACAGAAACAAACAAUUGUAUUUAGCAAUAAAAAACUGUAUGCAUUCACUAGAAUUGUUUUUUGUGUGAUCCAUCUGUUAACAAUGAAGAUACACUCUUUGCAUGCUUUUUAGGCAUUAAACAUCGAAUGUAGCUAAAAUAAAUGUUUGUUGAUGAUAUAUUAUACAAGGUUUUGUUUAAAAAAAAAACUAUUAGUUUGUUAUGUCAGUUGCUUUUUUGUGAGGCGUAGUAUAGAUUAUACAAAAUUCCAUUUUUGUAAAGAAAAUUUCUACAAUUAUAUCUUCUUAUUUUCUUCUCUUAUAUUGUUGUUAAGUCAUAACUAAUUAGCUAUUUAUUGCACUUAAAAAGCAAUUAAACAAGAUAUAUACCUAAUGUUUAUGUAAUCGGAUUAGUUAUUGUGCAUAAAUUGUAUGAAGACAAACAUAAAUUCUGAUCACAACAAUUUGCAGGUACUGCUGCAGCAUUAUUUUAUUUUUGGUAGGACUUUACUUUUCAGAUCGGUAAUAACUAAGUAAUGUUAUGGUAAUAUAUACGUCAAGGUAAUAUUAU